AUGGCAGUCACUCAAAGUGGAUUUGCUACCAAUGAUUCGACUGAAGCUCAAGACUUUUCGACCGAUGCCACUCGCCCUACGAUUCCCAAUUCUUUUGCUGGAACUGAUUGCCCUGUGAUUUCUGAUCCAAGUCUUCACUCGUACAAAGAUGAAAGUCGCAAUCUUUAUCAUCUUGGCCAUGACGACCAUCUGAGUGCCAAUUUAGUUCCAAAGAUUCUAACUGGGGGAGAAAACUACAGUUCUUGGAGGAGAUCAAUGAUGGUGGCUCUCCUUACUCGGAACAAAGUUCAGUUUGUGAAUGGUAAGCUCCCUCAACCAGAUCCAUCUCAUGAUGAUUAUGAUUCUUGGUGUCGAUGCAACAUCACUGUUAUUUCUUGGAUUUUGCAUGCUCUCUCUAGUGAGAAAGCUGAUAGUAUCAUGUAUCUCGAUGAUGCAUCCAUGAUUUGGAGUGACCACUAUGAGCGAUUCCACCAAAAUAAUGGUCCUAGGGUGUUUGAAGUUAAACGGACUAUGCAGGCUCUUACUCAUGGUAGCACUAACAUUCAGACCUAUUUCACUCGCCUCAAAAUUCUUUCGGAUUUGGUUCGUGAAUACCACCCACAACUUGUUUGUCAUUGUGGCAUAAUGAAAACGAUCCUUGAAUAUCAAGAACGAGACAAGGUUCUUGAGUUUCUCGUUGGUCUAAAUGAUACCUACUCUGCUGCACGGUCUCAAAUCCUUAUGCAAGAUCCCCUCCCAACCAUCAAUAAAGUAUACUCUACACUCAUCCAAGAAAAGAGACAGUGA